AUGGAUGCUGUAUUAACUAAAAGGGGAGGAGCAUUCUUUGUAUACGGAUUUGGUGGUACUGGUAAAACGUUUUUAUGGAAAACACUAUCUGCUGCAUUAAGGAAAGACGGUGAGAUUGUCCUAAAUGUUGCAUCCAGUGGUAUAGCAUCGCUUUUAUUAGCAGGAGAUUUAGGGAAAUUGGUUAGAGAAGCUUCUCUAAUAAUCUGGGACGAAGCACCUAUGAUGAGUAAGUACUGUUUUGAGUCAUUGGAUAGAAGCUUGAAGGAUGUUGUUGAAAAUGGUCAUAGCAAACCUUUUGGAGGAAAAGUUGUAGUAUUUGGAGGAGAUUUCAGACAAGUUCUUCCAGUCAUAACUGGUGGUUCUAGGACAGAAAUAGUUAUGGCUACAUUAAAUUCAUCAUAUCUUUGGGAUCAUUGCAAAGUACUAAAACUUACAAAGAAUAUGCGUCUGCUGGCAAAGGAUAUCAGUGUUGAAAAGGCGACCAAAAUUAAAGAAUUUUCAGAAUGGAUAUUGGAUGUCGGAGAUGGAAAAAUUGCAGAGCCAAAUGAUGGGGUAGCAGAAAUAGAUAUUCCUGAAGGUAUGCUUAUUACAGAAGCCACUAAUCCUAUAGAAGCUAUAAGCAAAGAGGUAUAUGGUGAUCCACAAUUUUUGAAAGAAAAGAAUGAUCCUAAGUUUUUUCAAGCCAGAGCUAUACUCGCUCCAACAAAUGAGGAUGUCUAUCAGAUAAAUGAGUAUAUGCUAGAUCAAAUGGAAGGUGAUGAGAGAAUCUAUCUUAGUGCAGAUAGUUUGGACCCGUCUGACAAAGUGUCCAAGAAUAACCCCAUCUUCACUCCAGAUUUCCUCAACAGUAUCAAACUUUCAGGCUUGCCCCACCAUAGGUUAAGAUUGAAGAUUGGUUGUCCAGGGAUAAAGUAG